GUGCGCGUUCCCGCGACGCUCACGAGCGCGCUCCGGCGGACAGGCAACAAAGUAGCGGCGGGCGGAAUGUAACCAGUGGGCUGUGGCGAGACUGGGCGCUGUGUGUACAGGCGGGAGGCUGCAACACAGGACCGGCGCUAUCACUCUGCUUCUAACGUAAGGAUUUGGGCCAAGAUGUGUGGGCGCACGGCAUGCACACUGGCAGCUGAUCAGCUCAGGCGUGCCUGUGCUUAUCGAGACAGGCAAGGAAGGAGCAGAGAACCUGAAUGGAGAGACGGGGACCACGAUAAGUACAAGCCCUCGUUCAACAGAAGCCCACAUUCCAACAGCCCAGUGCUGGUGUCCAGAAAGCACUUUGACAAGGAUGCCGAGACUUCAGAGCCUGUGCUGACAGCCAUGCGGUGGGGCCUUGUCCCUUCCUGGUUCAAGGAAAGCGACCCCUUGAAAAUGCAGUACCACACCAGUAACUGCCGUAGUGAUGGGAUGAUGCAGAAGAAGUCGUACAAGGAGCCGUUGAUGAGAGGUCGACGCUGUGUGGUGUUGGCUGAUGGAUUCUUCGAGUGGCAGAAACGAGAUGGAGAGAAGCAGCCCUAUUUCAUCCACUUCCCACAGACUCUUGAGAAAGAAGAGGUUGAUGGUGAGGAAUGGAGUGGCCGGCGAUUGUUGACCAUGGCAGGCCUGUUUGACUGCUGGAGAUCUCCUAGUGGAGGAGAGGAACUGUACACUCACACCAUCAUCACUGUGAGUGCCUCCAAAGCCAUGGACUGGGUACAUGAUCGGAUGCCUGCUAUUCUGGAUGGAGAGGAGGCCGUGCACAAGUGGCUGGACUAUGGGGAGGUACCCGUCUCUGAAGCCAUUAAACUGAUCCACCCAACGGAAUGUAUUGCCCUCUACCCAGUCUCCACUCUAGUCAAUAACUCAAGGAAUGACAGCCUUGAGUGCAUCAAACCCAUAAAAUUGGAAGUUAAGAAGGAAGCCAAGCCCAGUGCCAGCAGCAAGCUGCUGAAGAAUUGGCUUCAGAACCCUUCACCCAAGAAGGAGGACACAGGGAGCCCCAUGCCAGUUAAAGUGGAGACAAAGAAGCGAGCGGGGUUAAUGCACAUGUGGCUCCAGAAGUCAGAGGAGCCCUUGGCCAAGAAGCCCCACAAGACCUGAGACCUGGGCAAGCUUCAGUUGGAAGGAGUUGGAACGUUGAGUGUUUCUUUUGUGGGUUGUUUAAUUGUUUUUUCUUUAUGGAGCUAAAUUUGAGACAUUGCACCUUCCCAGCAAGACACAGUUAACAUUGGGCAGCCCUGCCCUGAUAAACUCCAGGGUUCACAAGCUUAGCCAUUCCUGUGAUUUAGUGUUUAUUAAGCAUGGAAAUAUUUGCUUAAGAACUGAAGACAUUUCAAUUUUUACUGUUUCAGGUGUUGUUCCAAUGGUUUACUGUUUCUUUACAAUUAUUAAUAAAUCAAAAUACAAGUC